AUGGCCAAGGAAAGGUGCCUUAAAAAGUCCUUUCAAGAUAGUCUUGAAGACAUAAAGAAACGAAUGAAAGAGAAAAGGAGUAAAAAUUUGGCAGAGAUCGGCAAACGAAAGUCUUUCAUAGCUGCUCCAUGCCAAAUAAUCACCAACACUUCUACACUGUUAAAAAACUACCAAGACAACAACAGAAUGUUAGCUUUAGCUUUGGAAAAUGAAAAAUCCAAAGUGAGAGAAGCCCAAGAUAUCAUCUUACAACUGAGAAAAGAAUGUUACUACCUCACAUGUCAGCUACAUUCAUUGAAAGAAAAACUGGCUUCACAACAAACCGGAGAAACUACUCAGAACCAAGAAGUAUGUCCCUCUGGAAUGGCCACCAGUAGUGACAACUCCGGGGAUUUAUUUGUGAAGGAUUUACCACAAGUUCCUCUUCAGGAAGCUCACCUUCCAGGACAAGGAGAAUCAUUCCAAAUAGAAGAGCAAAUACCUAUUUCUCAAGACAGACUGGGAUUUGGUUUGAAUUCAGAUGAUGAUAAAUCUACUGAUAAUGUCUUACCUAGAACUGUAUCUGUCCGUCGCAGUUUAAAGAAACAUUUUAAUAAUCUAUGUCAGUUCAAUACCUUGGAUGAUUUUGAAAUCAGUCAUUUCUCAGAGCAGUCCUUUGAAUUGGAAAGAAUUAGAUGUGUAGACCCAGUAGUAAAUAUGCACUUACCUGAAAACGUGGAACAAAAUGUUUGUCAAUGGAAUAAUGAUCAAAUUAACUUAUCACCAAAGCUGAUUGACCCAGAAAGAUCCACUAAAACAAAAGAAGACAUCUUAGAGUAUAAACCUGAACAAACUAAAAUUAAGCGCAGAGGUGCACAAGGAAGAAAAGGAGAAGAGAAAAGAAAAGGUAACAGGAAAAAAUCAAAACCUGUAUCAAAGUAUAAAGCGAGCAAAAGUGAAAAUAAAAAAACUGUCUCCAAAGAAAAGUUGGAUGAAUCUGUCACUUCCAGUGAUGCCUACAAUUUUAAUUUGGAAGAGGGAAUUCAUCUCACUCCUUUCCGACAAAAAAUUAACAAUGAUUCUAACAGAGGAGAAAACACCAAUGAACCUGAAGUGAGCGUCUGUGAAUCAAGUGGUUCAGGAGAUGACUCUGAUGACCUCUAUUUGCCCACUUGCAAGUACAGUCAAGGUCUCUCCAGUGAACCAGCUGGGAGCCCAGUCAGCAGGCCGAGACCUAAAAGAGCGCUAAAACACAGGGCUGAAAAAGAGAUAGAGGGCACUAAGCUUAUAACAACUCCUAUCAGUGCACUACCUAAAACUCACCGCUCACCUCAUUUUAGCCUGAAGGAUAUCACCAAUGCUCCCUUGUAUCCUGUAUUGAAAGUCAGAAAACUUUCUCUUUCUCCAAAAAAGAAUAAAGAAAGCCCAGCAGUGUCUCUGCCAAAGCGUAGGUGCACAGUCAGUAUGAACUAUAAGGAACCCACACUCAUUUCGAAACUGAGAAGAGGAGACCCUUUUACAGAUUUGUGUUUCUUGAACUCUCCUAUUUUCAAACAGAAAAAGGAUCCCAGACGCAGCUCUAAAAAAAAAGUAUGA